CCAGACACUCCCAACUGCAGGAAUGUGCUCUCUUCCCAUGGCAAGAUACUACAUAAUCAAAGAUGCAAAUCAAAAGGCUUUGUACACACGGAAUGGCCAGCUCCUGGUGGGAGACCCUGAUUCAGACAACUGUAGUCCAGAGAAGGUCUGUAUCCUUCCUAACCGAGGCCUGGACCGCUCCAAGGUCCCCAUCUUCCUGGGGAUCCAGGGAGGAAGUUGCUGCCUGGCAUGUGUGAAGACAAGAGAGGAGCCUUUCCUGCAGCUGGAGGAUGUGAACAUCGAGGACCUAUACAGGGGAGGAGAACAAACCACCCGUUUCACCUUUUUCCAGAGAAGCUUGGGCUCUGCCUUCAGGCUCGAGGCUGCUGCCUGCCCUGGAUGGUUUCUCUGUGGCCCAGCUGAGCCCCAGCAGCCAGUGCAGCUCACCAAAGAGAGUGAACCCUCUACCCGUACUGAAUUCUACUUUGAGCAGAGUCGGUAAAGAGGCACGAGGCUCAGGUCCAGCCUAGUGUCCCCAGACUGAACCCUUCUUGCACUAUGUCUCUGGAAAGCAGAAAAAGGAUCCACCAAAGAUGUUUAGGUCUUAAUCCCCAGAAUCUGUGACUGUGUUACAUUAAAUGGCAAAAGGACUUCUCCUCCGUGAUCCAUUUGCACCCAUUGAAAUUAUACGAGGCCUCAUGAGAAGAAAGAAGGAGUCAGAGGGAUACUGGGGCAAACUUUGCUACUAAAUGCAAGGAUGCGGAUAGGUACUCUAAGCUGAUAGGUAACCGUGGUCUCUAGAAACUAAAAAUGGUGAGAGCUUUCCUGACACUGAUUCUGGAUUUUUUUUUUCUGGACUAGAGAAUUGUAAAAUACUACAUUUCCAUUGUUUU